AUGGGGUUGCAGUCGGCGGGGCGGCGAGAUAGGGGUGGGGGUUCAGCCAGUGGGUGGUUUGUCAUUGAGGCCUGUGGCGCUUUAGAUAAACAGACAUUCAGAACUUCCAACCCAACAGUGGAGGAAUUACGUGAAGCCUCAAUAGCUUAUUACAACAACGGGUCAAAAAACCUUCAACUUCUGGCAUGGAACUUCUUCAAAUCAAUGGACACGGAUGGAGAUGGCAGGGUAAGCCUGAUCGAGUUCGUUCAAUUCCUUCAACAACGAGGCUAUCAAUGGAUUCAUCCCAGUUUCUUCACUGAACUCGACCGCAACCGUGAUGGUAGCCUGGAUUUCUGGGAGGUUCUCACUUUGUAUUAUAUGGUAAAGACUCGUACCGUUUGUUGCAGCGAGUGCCGAGCGUGCCUGAAAGGGCUGUAUUUUACAUGUGUUAUAUGUUUUGAUCGUCCUGGCGAUGCCUUCGAUCUUUGCUCCACUUGUUACCGCCGGCGAACGUUUCGCCACCGCCACACGCAAUUCUUGGAUAGUUACGUUUUGCUCAGGUCGAGAAGAGGGCCUUCCAUGGGCACAACAAACAUGAAUCCCCCAUGCAUACCUCAGCCUCUUAUUCUCGCUCAACCUGAACCUGCAAAGAUAGGAUGGUGGAAUGCCUUUCAAACAUUAGAGACGGCAUUGGCUAUUGGGAGUAUGGCUUCUAUUGGCUGUAGCAUUAUGUAA